CUUACCAAAAAUGUUCUAUUCGUAUAACCUAAAAACUAAAAAAUAUGAAAUAUAUAUGAAAAAUGUUUAGAAUUAGCAAAUUUAACACUUUAGUGACCAACGUAACAAAGCAAAAUUUUUACAAAAAUGUUACUCGUAGUGCGGCCUUGCCAGUUAACAGAUCAAUUCUAAUUUCAAAAUUUCUGUCGCUCAAAAAUGCACAAAUCAUAACCAGGGAGUAUUCAGCAGUGUGUUGCCUGCUACGACGAUCGGGGGUAAAUGAUUUAUCUAAGUUUACGAAACAGGUUGCAGCUGCAAACUUAUUUCAUACCUCGCCAAUAAACAGCCAGGACCCUUUUCGACCCGAUCCGGAUCGUAAGCCAGACAAAGAUGACGACGAUAAAGAUAAAAUUUCAGCAUUGCUGGCCAAAGCAUUUUUGUGGAUGCUCACUGCUUAUAUGGUCAUUGCUAUUAUUUCUUUAAUGUUUCCCAGCAGCAACCAACCAGAAGUGAUUCGAUAUGUCUCGUGGAAUGAAUUUUUGUACCAUAUGCUAGCAAAGGGCGAAGUGGAACAAAUUAUUGUUAGGCCAGAUAUUGAGAUAGUUACUAUUGUUCUUUAUGAUGGAGCAGUAUUUAAAGGAAGACGAAUAGACAACCGAACAUUUCAUAUGAAUGUUGUUGAUAUAGAGAAAUUUGAAGAUAAAUUAAGAGAAGCUGAGAGAAGACUGGGAAUUAAAGAAGGUGUUCCAGUUAUAUAUGAGAGAGGAACAGAUUCGGCUGGGAAAUUGUUGAUCUCUUUGCUGGUGGUGGCCCUAUUAAUAUCCCUUCUAACUCGAAGCAAAAGUAUUCGCCCACCUUUGAGUAUGGACACAUUCAGUCAACUGGGCAAAGCCCAAUUCACACUAGUCGACCCACUAAUGGGGCAAGGUAAGGGAGUACAUUUUAACGACGUAGCUGGCCUAAGAGAAGCAAAACAGGAAGUUAAAGAGUUUGUUGAUUACCUAAAACGCCCGGAAAGGUACAAAAGUUUAGGGGCUAAAGUUCCCAAAGGUGCUUUACUGUUAGGCCCUCCUGGCUGUGGCAAGACACUUUUGGCCAAGGCAGUAGCUACAGAGGCCAAUGUGCCAUUUCUAUCAAUGAAUGGCAGUGAGUUUAUUGAGAUGAUUGGGGGGUUAGGUGCCGCCAGAGUAAGGGAUCUUUUCAAAGAAGCAAGAAAACGUGCCCCCUGUAUAAUAUACAUCGACGAAAUCGACGCCAUUGGUCGAAAACGUAGCGGCACGGGGAGCAUGGAAGGGGUCAGCGGGGAAGGCGAACAAACCUUGAAUCAGCUUUUGGUGGAAAUGGACGGAAUGGCCACCAAGCAGGACGUUAUAAUGUUAGCUUCUACUAAUAGGGCCGAUAUUUUAGACAAGGCUCUAUUGAGGCCCGGGCGGUUCGAUCGACAUAUCCUUAUAGAUUAUCCGGACUUGGUGGAGAGGAAAGAAAUAUUCGAGCAACACUUGAAGGGCAUCUCACUUGAACACAGCCCCGAGACUUACUCGAAGAGGUUGGCGUUUCUGACGCCAGGAUUUAGUGGCGCUGACAUCGCGAAUGUUUGCAACGAGGCUGCCCUGCAUGCGGCCCGUACGAAACAAAAGGUCGUCACGGGAGCUAAUUUGGAAUACGCCGUCGAGAGACUAGUGGGCGGAACUGAAAAACGGUCCCACUCGAUGUCGCCACAGGAGAGAAGAGUCGUCGCCUACCACGAGUCGGGUCACGCCCUAAUAGGGUGGAUGUUGGAACACACGGAUGCUCUUCUAAAGGUCACGAUCGUUCCCCGGACAAGUUUGGCUCUCGGCUUCGCCCAAUACGUGCCGAAAGAUCAAAAGUUGCACAGCAAAGAGGAGCUGCUCGACAGAAUGUGCAUGACGCUCGGCGGCAGGGUGGCCGAGUCUUUAACGUUUAACAAAAUCACGACCGGGGCACAGAAUGACCUUGAAAAAGUCACCAAGAUGGCGUACGCGUGCGUCAAAGAGUACGGCAUGAACACUAACGUGGGCUUGGUCAGUUUUCCGGAAUCGGAAACCAAGGAGCUCGGACGUAGGCCCUACAGCAAAAAGUUCGCGAAUUUGAUCGACUUUGAGGUUAGGAGGUUGGUAUCUCAGGCGUACCACAGGACCGAGGAAGUGCUGAAGACGCAAAAGGACAAGUUGGAACUACUGGCCGAAACUUUGCUGAAAAAGGAGACGUUAAAUUACGACGACGUCGAGAAGUUGCUCGGACCGCCCCCGUUUGGUAAAAAGAAUCUGAUCGAUCCCGCAGAUUUCGAGGAAUUGAUUAAGAGGGGCGGAGACGAUCGUUCGAGACCGUCGAAAGAUACGGAGGGCAACAGUAACAGCAAUAGUCGGACGCCAGCCACGGCGUAGAAGGACUUUUCUCCUGUAGAUUUUAUUAAAAUUGAUGAUUUAUUAAAACACUAAUGUACUUUGGCGCCUUUUUUAUUGGUAUCAUAAA